AUGAAUGUUGACCCUGCUGCACCAUGGACAAAAGUUGGUUUAGUAGUGUAUGAUUCACAAGUGCCUGUAGGAGCAACUCCCGAGUAUCUUGCUGGCCAUUACAUGAUCCAGGGUCUAAAUUCUUUGCUACCUGUUAUGGCGCUUGCACCACAACCAGGUGAUCGAGUGCUUGACAUGUGCGCUGCCCCAGGAGGAAAAACCUCUCACAUUGCUAGUCUUAUGAAGAACAGCGGUGUAUUGUUUGCUAAUGACGCCAAUAUAACUCGGUGCAAAGCAAUUAUCGGGAACCUACAUAGAUUAGGUGUCAACAAUGCUAUUGUAAGCAAUCUAGGCGGAGAGGAAUAUGCAAAGCUGGCGCCGAAUGGUUUCGAUCGUGUUCUCCUCGACGCUCCUUGUUCUGGUACAGGUGUGAUUUGGAAAGACCAGUCUGUGAAGACAAGCAAAGAUAGUCAAGAUAUCCAACGGAAAGGUGCUUUUUUAUGGGAGUUGAGUAAUCCACGGCUUAUCAGGCACACUGUACAAAGACAACUAAUUCUUGCCGCACUGGAUGCUGUCGAUGCGAAAUCUCCUAAUGGUGGAUAUGUUGUCUACUCCACAUGCUCAGUUUUGGUUGAAGAAAACGAAGCUGUGGUUAAUUAUGCGCUACAAAAAAGGCAUUGUGAAUUAGUACCUUGUGGCCUAGAGGUGGGUGUGGAAGGAUUCACCAGAUUCCGUGAAUAUCGUUUUCAUCCUUCACUAAGCCUAACAAGACGCUAUUAUCCUCAUGUGCACAACAUCGACGGAUUUUUUGUUGCAAAAUUGAAGAAGCUUUCCAAUGCAAAAAUGGGAAAAGCUAGUCUUGAUAUUGUGAGGUCAAGCUUUAUAACCGUUAUUGGUCUUCAAGAAUAG